GGCGUACAAAGCAACUCACCAGGCGCAUGCGUGACAGAGUCGGCCACCUACAGGGUCCCUACCAUCGGACGGUCUCCCGCAUCUCGAGGGUUUCGGCUUCCUGACGGCUUUCAGCCAAUCAGCGGAGCGGAACGGAACGAAACGGGAGGAAACGGAACGUGAACUUUGUCCUGAGAAAGACGGAGAAACAUUUCCUGAAAAUGGAAAAAGACGCAUCUGUGGAAGCUCUAAAAUCUGCCCAAGAGACCAUCAUCAAAGAAGAGACCAUUACUCAAAGAAAAUGGGUGAAGCUGGACCAAACCACUUACGUUGACCCAACUGGUCAAACAAGAAUAUGGGAAUCGGUAAAACGUACUACCAGGAAAGAAGGGGGUUCUGCCGAUGGUGUGGCUGUUAUUCCGGUGCUGCAGCGAACUCUCCACUACGAUUGCAUGGUCCUGGUGAAACAGUUUAGGCCUCCCUUGGGAGCCUAUUGCUUGGAAUUCCCGGCAGGUCUGAUUGACAGCAAUGAAACUCCCGAGACGGCUGCCUUACGCGAACUGGAAGAAGAAACGGGUUACAAAGGGGACAUCCUGGAAUGUUCUCCAGCUUUGUGCUUAGAUCCCGGGCUGACAAACUGCGCGUCACACAUUGCGACCGUCACCAUCAACGGAGACCUCCCUGUCAAUCUGAAGCCGAAACAAAAACCCGAGGAAGGAGGUACGUUAACCUGGCUCCGUUCCUUUUUGGCUGGGAACCGAGACGAAUAUUCUCAAUUUCCUUCGGCGUUCCAGUGUCGGAGUUUGUGGAAGUCGUUACGCUACCGAAGAACGAUUUAAUGCAGAGAAUUGAAGAACUGGUGGCCGAGGAACACUUGAUCGUGGAUGCCAAGCUGUACGCUUACGCGCUGGCCCUGAGGCACGCCACGGACCAGCCCUUCCAGGUGCCCUUCAUGAAGUUCUAGAACGCCACGUUCUAGGAUGCCCAAGGCCGAGAAUUUUGCUCCGAGCUGUUUCCCACAUCAACAUUUUUACUUUUAAUUCAAGUUCACUGGAAUCGUCGGUGGAAAAAUAAAAAUAAGUCUUUUUACCAUC